AUAUAGGCGGGAGGAGAUUUGGGGGGAAAAGGUGAGAAGAGAGAGAUGGGAAAGAGAGAGAAAGAGGUGGAGAAAGAGAAAGAGAAGAAGCAGAGGUAUCUUUUGAAAACGGAACCGUCGGAGUGGUCGUGGGAGGACCAGGCGGCGAACGGAGGCAUAAGCAAUUGGGAUGGGGUAAAGAACAAGCAGGCCCAGAAAUACCUCAAGUCCAUGUCCCUCGGCGACCUCUGCUUCUUCUACCACUCUGGUUCCAAGGCCCGCCGAAUCGUUGGCGUUGUCUCCGUGGUCCGCGAGUGGGACGGUGAUGCAGUGGACGUGAAGGCCGUGGGAGAGAUGAGGAGGCCCGUGGACUUGAAGGAGAUGAAGCAUUUCAAGGAUUUUGCUCUCCUCAGGCAACCCAGGCUCUCCGUUGUCCCUGUUCCAGACCUCAUUUGGGACCAAAUCUGUCUUUUGGGAGGCGGCUACCACGGCGACACCCACGGUGACUCUUCUCCCUGAUUUCACAACUCUCACAUUGUAUGUAAUCUAACUCCCUGUUUGCUUCUGCUUUCCGUUAAGUAACUACUUUUCUUUACCA